AGGAAUUUCUCUCAAGAGAAGCUGGAGAACUGUUGUCUGUUCCCAAGUUCUUCACUGCAUAAAGGACUGAAAACCGGGCCAGACGGUUUAGUGCCUAAAGAAGCAAGAGAGUGAAAACUGAUACACUUGUGGUUGAACUGUUUUUACAGGUAACAUGAACAUCGCGGAAUAUUUCACCAGAAUUUCUUAUAAUGGCUCCUACAAAAACCCGGAUUUGGAGACCUUGACUGCAAUAUUCCAGCACCACAUCAGGGCUGUUCCUUUUGAAAACCUCAGCAUCCACUGCGGGGAAACCAUCGAGUUAGACUUAGAACCAGUUUAUGACAAAAUAGUGAAGAAGAAACGUGGUGGCUGGUGCAUGGAAAACAACCAUCUUUUAUAUUGGGUUCUGAAAACGCUGGGAUAUGACACCACCAUUAUAGGAGCAAAAGUUUACAGCCCAGAAGAAAAUGCAUAUGAUCAUCAUAUUAAUCACCUUCUGCUAAAGGUGGUCUUGGAUGGGAAAGCCUACAUAGUGGACGGCGGCUUUGGAAUGGUCUAUCAAAUGUGGCAGCCAAUGGAGCUGAUUUCUGGGAAAGACCAGCCCCAGGUUCCUGGCAUCUUUCGCUUCAUGGAAGACAAUGGGAUCUGGUACUUUGAGAAAAUCAAAAGGAAGCAAUACAAUCCCAACCAAAGCUUCUCUAAUUCCAAUAAUCUGGAAAAAAAUGCAUGUAAGAAAGUUUACCUGUUUACCCUUGAGCCACGAGAGAUAGAAGAUUUCAGGCCCCAGAGUGUGUAUCUCCAGACAUCUCCAGAUUCUCUGUUCGUUAAAAAGUCCAUCUGCAGCCUCCAGACCAGUGAUGGUCUUUGGGCUUUAGUUGGGUGGAAACUCACCAAGGUUAAAUACAAUUACAAGGAGAACAUGGAUCUGGUGGAAACCACAACACUUACAGAUGAGGAGGUGUUAAAAACAGUGAAAGACAAAUUCAGAGUAAUGCUAGAUCAUAAACUCAUCCCAGUUAACAGCAGCAGAUUGUCUAUGGUUUAGUUUCUUGGCCAGAAUAUAAUUUGAUACAGCUACAUCAAAUAGAAUCUCUUUCCCAGCAUCCAAUUAUUGCAAAAAAUGAAGGGCUAGGCUGUCACUUUCUGGCUAGCAUAGAACAAGGGGUGGCACGUAGCAGUGCUACCCCAGCAAAGAAAUUGUGACUCUUGGAGCUACAAUUGCUUCCCUGCUUCUCCCCUGGCUUCAGCUGGUAAAUUAAGUCUUCCAGGCUUAUGCCAGUAGCAGAGUACUUUCCACUCUGUGUGGGCUCCACUGCGCUGGCUGGUACAUGGGGUUGGGAUGGGUGUGUGGGCUGGAGGCAAGUUUCUGCUCCUUCCCUGCUUCUUUAACCCCAUGGAGCUGCCCUUUCCGUAUGCAGAAUGGCAAAGUGAGGAGGCAACG